UCAAAUCCUUGGCCUGCACCUACAGGGGGAAAACUUCAUGAGUGAUGAAGCAGGGCUGCAGGUGUCUCUCCCUCCCUAUCUAUCUUCUUCUCACCUCUCAAUUUCUCUCUGUUUCUAGCCAAUAAUAAAUAAAUAAAAAUAUUUUCAAAAAAUAAAUAAAAAUAGGGGCCAGGUGGUGGUGCACCUGAUCGAACACACAUAUUACAGUGUGCAAGGACCUGGGUUCAAGUCCCUAGUCCUCUCCUAUAAGGAGAAAGCUCUGUGAGCAGUGAAGCAGUGUUGCAGGUGUCUCCCUAUCUCUCUCUCCCCAUAACCCUCUUGAUUUCUGGCUGUCUCUAUCCAAUAAAAAGUAAAGAUAAUACAAAAUUAAAAAUAAAUAAAUAAAUAAAAUAAAGAUCUCCCACACUGUAGAGUGUCAGAAAGAAAUAAUGUAAAAUAAAUAAAUAAAUAAACAGAAGUGGGAUAAAUAAGUGAGUGAGUAGAUAUGCAGGCAAAUAACUGGCAGGGGCAUUCACCUCAUCUCCAAGUGGCCCCUCUUGCUUACCUAUGUCUCUCUCUCUCACACAGGUAUGGCGAUAUGGUGCCCAAGACAAUUGCAGGGAAGAUCUUUGGCUCUAUCUGCUCCCUGAGUGGUGUCCUGGUCAUCGCCCUGCCUGUCCCUGUAAUUGUCUCCAACUUCAGCCGCAUCUACCACCAGAACCAGAGAGCCGAUAAACGCCGGGCACAGAAGAAGGCCCGCCUUGCUAGGAUCCGUGUGGCCAAAACUGGCAGCUCCAAUGCCUACCUGUACAGCAAGCGCAACGGACUCCUCAAUGAGGCACUGGAGCUGAUGGGAACCCCCGAAGAGGAGCAGAUGGGCAAGACCACCUCUCUCAUCGAGAGCCAACACCACCACCUGCUACACUGCCUGGAGAAAACCACUGGGUUGUCCUAUCUUGUGGAUGAUCCCCUGUUAUCUGUACGAACCUCCACCAUCAAGAACCAUGAGUUUAUAGAUGAGCAGAUGUUUGAGCAGAACUGCAUGGAGAGCUCAAUGCAGAACUACCCAUCCACAAGAAGUCCCUCACUGUCCAGCCACCCAGGCCUCACAACUACCUGCUGCUCCCGUCGUAGUAAGAAGACCACGCACCUGCCCAAUUCCAACCUGCCAGCCACACGCCUGCGCAGCAUGCAAGAGCUCAGCACGAUCCAUAUCCAGGGCAGUGAGCAGCCCUCUCUCACUACCAGUCGCUCCAGCCUUAAUUUGAAAGCAGAUGACGGACUAAGACCAAACUGCAAAACAUCCCAGAUCACCACAGCCAUCAUCAGCAUCCCCACUCCCCCCGCACUGACACCGGAAGGGGAGAGUCGGCCAACCCCUGCCAGCCCAGGUCCCAACACGAACAUUCCUUCCAUAGCCAGCAAUGUUGUUAAGGUCUCCGCCUUGUAAGACCACUGGACAGAGGGCCAGUGUGCGUAGUGGGAGUGAAGGGGGCUGGCAUGUUAGUGGGUGGCCACUGAAGCCACUCUUUCCCUUCCCCCACUAUUCUGCCUGCCCCUCGUACCCUGAGCACUGAAAUGUGUGCCUGAAAGGAAAAAGCAGCAGCAAAGAGGCACCUGAGGUUCCUUGCUGCUAGCGUGGACAUAGCCCUGUGACACUGAAGCUCACUGGGGCCAGAGAAGGGAGGGUGGGUGGGGUAGGGGGGUGGGAUGAUGGGGGGAGUAGGCUGUGUGCCAGGACAGGGCCUGGAGAGGGGAGCCUCAGACCAAAUAACAGUUGUUUCUGGAGACCCCAGUGGGGAAAAUGCAAGACCAAGAGCAGCACGGAGGUCAAGUUGUCACAAGCAAAAACAGGAAGAAAAUAUAACACUGUGUAUUUAAGCACCUUUUUCAAGGCUCUUAAUGGAUAAUAUUUAUUCAUGGGAAAAGGUGGAAAACAAACACCAAUGGAUUUUUGUGAAGUGUUUUUCUCCAUGGACCUUUGAACCAAAACAAUGCAUUUUGUGAGGGUUUUUUUUUUUUUUUUUCCUUUUUCUCCUUUUAUAGCAAAAGCUUUUAGGCUAAGAAGUCAGUUACUGCUGAGUUCUCUCUCCAUUCCCCAGGUGAGUGAGGUCAACUGAGUCUGGGCUCUCACUGCCCAGCUGACCUGCAAAAAGCUGCAAGUGACCACAUAGCAAUCCUUCCAUCUGUCCUUGUCUCCUCGGUCUCUGUACCUCUCUGCUUCACCCCCUGGCUAUUUCUGUGCCCAGUCAUGUCUUUGCAAGUACCACCCCCCCCCAUGUUCAUGAGACAUGGUAAUAGAGCCUUCUUCAUAGCUGAACACCUGCAGACUCAUGCCUGAGAAUUCUAUUUGCAUGAAUGUAGUUGUAGAAGCAAAAACAAGGAAAAGUUUAGGGACGAGGAAAGUCUACCUUACAGAGCAAAGUACAUACUAUGUGGUCGAAACCACUGACAUUUGCAGUUUCCAUUUCUGGGGAAGAAAGGAAAUGACCCAAUGUAUCAAACUGAGAUCUCAAAAAAAGGAAAUAGCCAUCACCUGAGAGGCACUGAUAUGUGCCACUGAAAAGAGAACAGAAGAACCGGGGGUUCAGAGUUGACCCCAUGGCACCCUGCUGUGUAUCCUUUUAGGACCCACCAUAAAAACCCAUCCAGAGCUCUGCAGAGCAGGCCAUGGUAUGGGAGCCAAGCUCCUGAAUAAUCUCACGCUCAAGGCAACUCCCACAUGGAGGCUGAAGGUUAUCAUGUGCCUCACACAGGAUGCUCCAAAAUAUGAAAGCAAGAAAUCCUAAAUGAUCUCUGUCUGAAAGAAGCUUUGGGGUCUGCAGACUCUUCAGACACGAUGUUAACUAAAAUGGGGGAGAAACCUGGUCACUUCCACACAAGGACGUAGAUAUUCAGAAAGCAUUUGUUCAAGUGGUGUACACCCUGGUAGGGCUAGAAUUCUCACUGCUUACAGCAGAGCAAGUGGGCCUCAGGGGUAGUGACAAAGCCCUCCCUACCACCCCAAAUCCCUGCUACCCUCUUGUAGUCAGUCUCUCUACCCUUGGGCUCUAAGAGACAUGAGCUCCCUUUUAUAGCUUAGUGGUUAGCUAUUUAAAUUUUAGGCCAAGAAUUUCUCUGCCCACCACAGCCAUGUAGAUGAAUUUUACUGACCAGGAAUAUAAAAACAUCAGUGGGUUUCCUUUUGACCUUAGCUCUAUUGACCCCAUAGAAGGAGAAGGUCAGAGGGUUGGUUAUAAGGUAGCACCUAACCAGAGAGAAAGGCAGUAGGGUAAAGGAGAGGGAACCUUCUAUCUUUUCUCCUCAUACUUAAUUCUCACUGAACACUGAGAUUCUCCUCUGAGUCUGGCCUCAAGGAUUUCCCCCUAACAUGGAAACAUUCUGAGCUUCUCAUUAAAAAUCUUUACAUAGGCAGAAAAUCUUUAUGACUACAGAUUAUGUGUGUACACACACACAACCAGCCUAAACAAACCUAAGAAUAAAUACUUAAAUGCAUUCACUUCAUAUAUGUAAUCUCAGUGAAGGCAAAGGACUCUAUUAAAAAGUGCUAUAAAAAGAACAUUUUCUCUUGAAAGAGCAGGUAACAGAACAAAGUUAGGGAUAUCUAAGAAAGCGAUACAUCAUAAGAACUGACUGGGGUAAGGGGCAAACAGGAACAUGACCACACACAUACAUACUCCUGUGUCUAAUUUGGGAACAGCUCAUCACAGGAUUAUUAUAACUGAUCCAGCCCAGGAUCUGUUUGUUGGUGUGCCAAGAGAGCACAUAAGUGGUUCCCACAGAAAUUAAUAAACUCAUCAUUUAAAUUGUGUCCCAAUUUCUCAUGUUUCUUUUCUAUUCACUCUAAUGAAACUGAAUGUUUUGUGUUCUUUCAUUUCUAAAACCUGUACUAUACCAGUUUCUAAAAGACUGUUGGGACUGUUCCCUUCAUUUCCAACCCCUCAAUGUAUCAUUGGUCAGUAAUAAGACCUUUUGGCCAAAAGAGAAGCUCACCUCUGAUCCAAAAGAAUGCCACCCCAGGAGAACAUCUUAUCUAUCCAACAGGAUACAGCCUUACCACACUGCUAAACAGUCAUUGUAAGUAAACAAAAGGGCCAAUGUGCUGAGUCAGUUUAAUGAGCUUAACUCAUUGGCCAGUGGCUAAAGAAUCAGGAUAUCACAUUUUCAGGGGACAAUGGCUUCCUUGCACAAUAACUUUUGAGUUUUUAUAGGUAAUGAACCACUUUAGCAUAACAUAUUUCCAAAUUCACAGAUCCUAUCUUAUUUAAUCCCACUUACCAUAGUUAAAGGGAAAAACAAAAACAAAAACAAAAAAAAAAGCUGCAAUUAAAUAAAUAGAAAUUUAGAAAACAUAGAAAUAUGAGUAUACCAGAACUAGAAGAGAUUCGAGACCUAAUUCACUUUACAGUAUAGAAAGCUGGGGUUCAAGAAGUUAAGGAAAUGAAGUGACUUGCUCAAGGUUAGUCAUUUAAUGACAGAGCUGGGAUCAGAACACAGGUCCCAUGUCUAUUAGUCUAAUGUUGUCUGUACUCUACCCAUUGCCCUCAGAGCAGUGAUGCUUCAGAGAAGAUUUAUCAAAGAAUACAUGCUAUUGUUAUAGGCAAAGUCUUCUGUAAUGUCAGUAACACUUGGACACAGCCCUAGAAACCACUUGAUUAUACUAAUACAAAUCUUGACUCGGUCCUCUUGAUUACCUUUGGUUGUCCAAUAACUAAUUCUUGAUUCAAAGGGAGGAAAAUAAGCUAAGUGAUGUAUCCAAAUCCACAAACCAAAUUAGUGGCAGAACUGUUUCCAAUAGAGGGCUUAGACAUCUUGUCCUGGAAUUUUCCCUCCAUAUCAUGGUGCGUUACUGAGGUUUGCUUAUAUUUUUAAUUUCUGGCUUUCAAGGGUGGUUAUCAGAAAAAGGAAACAUUCCAUCUAAAACCUGAGUAAGAACUUCUAAAAGCAAAGUCUAUUAUUUCUCCUUCAUCACUAUUUUCAUAAACUCAGGUCUUACUGCAUGGAAUACUAUUCAAAAGACCAGUCUCAACACACACAUUAAUCUACACUCACACAGGACUAUAAGAUCAGCAAAUAAGAAAGUGAAUGAGAGAAACCAUCUGAACAGAAAAUAAAUUGGACAGCUAAUGCUGAUCUGUGAUUAACAAGAUCAAGUCACUGACAUGCUAAAGAUUUUAUUUUUCAAAGUAUGAUUCCUAUAGUUCAGUAUUAUAUCACUUUGUACUAUAUAUCUAGUCCCCCCCCUUUUUUUAAACCUUGCAAAGAUAGUAGUUGGGAUUGAGUUAAACCUAGAUUUUGAGGUUAUUAAUAAUUCUAGUGGCCCAGGCUCCUUUGCUUCAAUUACCAGGUAACUAACAAAUCAGAACAAUCCCAAUCUAGGGCAGUGUUAGUUUCCCUUAACUAGUUGGCAUAGUGAUCAUGACAAAUGGGAAUUUUUUUUUUCCUUAUGAAAUAUAAUCUAGAAAGGUUUAAAAUGACCAGAUGAAAGCUAUGACUCACAGUCCUUGGAGGCCAAACAGCAUCAUGAAAAACAUUUAGAACUAAGAGUAAGUGGCUAUAAUGAAAAAAAAUAGCUUUAAAGGAGUUCCUUUCAAGUACUGUUUUCUAUUUAGAAUGUUUUAUCUUACCAAGUGUGAGAAUGACAUUUAUCUUAGCAGGUUACUUAACUACACUGGAUGUCACUCUAACCAGUGUUAGGCACUGACCCAAGUCCUGGGGGUUCCUUGGACCAAUGAACUAUUUUACAAACCUGGGAGGUGAGAGGGAUGGUAUAUUUUUGAUAACCAGACAUUCCAGUGUAAUGUUUUCCUUAGAGGUCACCCCCCAUUGUUAUUGUGAAAGACAUUGUGCGUGUUCUUUUUUUUUUUCUAUUUUCGUAUAAUAAAUAAAUGGGCUUUGCUUAUCAACAUCACAAUGGCAAAGAGAAACUGUACAAAAACUGCAGGAAGAUAAACAUGAAAACUUUCUAUGGGGAAAAAAACAAACUCAAGUUUCCUGUUGUCUUCUUUUGAAACUGUAGUGCAUAUGUUAAAACAUGUAUCUCAUUUACAGUAUUGUCAUGUGCCACUGCUGUACCUGAUGUACCCAAUUUGGAUUAAACUCUAUGUGCCACAAACCCUAAAAA